AGAGAAAGAGAAAGAGAGAUGGGGAAGGGAAGAACACCAUGUUGUGAUAAGAACAAAGUGAAGAGAGGUCCUUGGAGCCCUGCUGAGGACUUGAGGCUUAUAACUUUCAUUCAGAAGAAUGGCCAUGAUAACUGGAGGGCUCUCCCUAAGCAAGCAGGUUUGCUGAGAUGUGGGAAAAGUUGCCGUCUGAGAUGGAUUAAUUACCUCAGGCCUGAUCUCAAGCGAGGGAACUUCACUAGAGAGGAAGAGGACUCCAUAAUUAGGCUGCAUGAAGCCUGGGGAAACAAGUGGUCCAAAAUUGCCUCCCAGUUUCCAGGAAGAACAGAUAAUGAGAUUAAGAAUGUGUGGAACACUCAUCUGAAGAAAAAAUUGGGUUUCAAGAACUCUGAAUUUUGUGGAGAUGAAUCAAAGGAGUUAUCUUCUAUAACCUCCUCUUCCUCAUCAUCUUCCUCUAGUGCUUCAUUUUUGUCUGGUGGAAAACCAAGUGUUGCAGGAGAGCUUGAGCAUCAAUCAGCUGACCAAGAAACUAGCAUGGCCAACAACAACCCUCAUCAUGAUCCAUGCAUUUUGACAAUUCCAGAGGAACUUGAUCUGGAUUCUCCAAUGGAAUUAAUAAAUCAAUUUAGGCCUGAUCCCAAGGACUUGAAAGAGUUGACCAGCUCUUCUGUUUCCUCCAUUGAAUCAAAUGGCUCAAGUUCCAGCCAACUUGAUAUUUCAAGGCCAUCAGAAGAGCAAAUGGAUUUUCUGUUUGACUUUUCAGAACCUAAUUAUGAUAUUCCAUUGGAGCCUGACUCUGACUUUUGGAACACGUUUGAUGGGUUUGUGCCAUUGCAGUCAAAUGAAGUCCAAUUAAAUCAGGCUGAGGCUUGCAAGAGUUCAAACUAUGGACAACAUGAAAAUGAGAAGUGGCUUAGUUACUUGGAAAGUGAGCUUGGACUGGAUCAGCCAACUGCAGAUUGUACUGGCCAGGAGUUUUUAGCACAGGUCACAACUGGACAAUUACUCCCAGAGACCUUUCUGUGUGACAAAAUGCCAAACCCUGCUGCGGAGUUUGACCAGAGCUUGGAUUACUUUCAAAUGUGGCCUUUUUUGCCACACAACAAUUCCUCCAUUUAAUUUAGUCAUGUUACUGAUACUUAGUUGAGUCCUCCUAACUACAGAUCAAAAUUUCAAAUAGGGUUUUGCUUAUGUUUUGAUGGGAAUUUUUUAGAUGAUUUUCCUGAUUUAUCUUAUAAC